AUGGGCACCGGAGGGGAGGCAAGGAGGGCUUUCCGCAAACUUUUCGCUGCUCCUUACUCUACCUUUACCGAAGUUCCUAAAGAUGUGACGGUUAGGGAGGGAGAUGAUAUUGAGAUGCCCUGUGCUUUCCGGGCCAGUGGAUCUGCUUCUUACUCCUUGGAAAUCCAAUGGUGGUACCUUAAGGAACCAGCACGAGAGCUCGCACACGAAUUAGCCAUCAGUGGUCCUGGCAGCAGAAGCAAGGCAACCAGUAAAGACGCAACGAAGAUCAGCACGGUGCGCGUCCAGGGCAACGACAUUUCGCACCGGCUGCGGCUGUCAGGGGUCCGGCGCCAGGACGAGGGGGUCUACGAGUGCCGGGUAUCGGACUACGGCGACGAAGACACGCAGGAUCAUAAAGCCCAGGCGGCGUUGCGGGUCCUGGCGAGCUUGUCGCCUGCCGACGUGCAGGCGGCCGAGGCCGUCUCGCACAUCCAGAGCAGCGGCCCGCGGAGAAGCAGCCCGUCCGGGCGAGCCACCGCCGAGCCCGGCCUGGGAGACAAGCGCCUCCUACCGGCGCAGGGCGAAACCGCCGCUUCCUCUUCCCUCUCCUCCUCCUCCUCUUCCUCCUCUUCUUCUUCCUCGGCGUCUUCGGCGUCCUCCGCCGCCUCUUCCUCCUCCAGCCCCGCGACUGUGGCGGCGGCGGCGGCGGCAGCUGCAGCAGCCUCGUCGGCCUCGCCUCGGCCGGGCUCCGCGAUCGUCCUCCCGCAGCAACGAGGAGCAGAUAUGAAAGUCCGGGUCCACACAUGA